AUUUAUAUAUUUACUAUACUACUCAAUCACAUAGUCACUAUGUAUGCAAUUAUUGACAUGAAUAAAGCCAGAAAGAUUUCUAGACUGCAUGUUCAACUCGUUAGUGAUGUCAAGAAAUUCUUUGAUUAUCCGUGGGGAAGAGAGGCAUUCGCACUGGCAAUGAGAAGUAUUAAAGCAAGAGGGGCUAAGGGUUUGUGCCAGAUGAUUCUUGCUAUACAUGGGUUCUCUCAUGGAAUGCAACUAGCAAUGCUGAAAUGCAUUCUAAAAAUCCAAACUCAUGCCUUCGUUGUGCCCAGAGGAAAGCAGAAGAAAGAAGAUUCCUCGGACGAGGAGGUUGAUGAUAACACCGAGAUGAAGGCAUCAAUCAUAUCAAUGUCUAAAAUCCGCAAAUUGUGCCUAAAGGGGAAGUCUAGAAUUCUUUCUGGCUUUAUUCCUGUCAAUAAUUGCGCUCCACCGAAAUUCAACCAAAUCUCGUGCUUCUUCGCGGUCACUAACUGGAGCAUAGCAAGUAAUGAGCGAAUUGGACCCAAAAAGCUACUUCACGACCGUGCUCAAGCAGAUACCGGUACUGAGAGUUACAAAGUUAUGACCAUUCUUUCUCGUGCUUCUUCAACGCCUUCUUCAACGCCUCUUGUCGUCUGGUUCACCACUCGUACAGAACAUCCUAUGAGAGUUGAUCCUGCUUAUGAGAGAGGUGCUCGGAAAUUUGUUCGAGCUGUGACUGAGGCUUUAGGAGACAUUGAUAAGCUAGUUUGUCCAUGCAUCGACUGCCGUAAUAUUGAUCGUCACUCGGGCAGUGAUGUGGUUGAUCAUCUUGUAACAAGAGGAAUGGAUGAGGCAUACAAGCGGCGGAGUGAUUGGUAUCAUCAUGGAGAAGUGAGCUCUGGGGCUGAAGUAGAAAGCAAAGUACGCUGCAAAGUUAAGGGUAAAAUGGGAUGUCCUAUAUGUGGGAAAAACACAGAUAGUAUGUGGCUGAAAUUUAGCAGAAAGCAUGUUUUUAUGUGUCAUAGAAAGGGAUUAGCACCAACACAUAGUUAUCAGGAUAAGAAGGCAUGGUUUGAUGGGAAAGCUGAACAUGGGAGAAAGGCUAGAAUAUUAACUGGUCGUGAAAUUUCCCAAAAUCUGAGAAACUUCAUAAACGAUUUUGGUAAUGCUAAAGAAUCUGGAAGGAAGAGAAAAAGGACUGAAUAUCUUGACUCAGGAUCUGAUAUUGAUGAUGAAUCCAGUGAAUCAGAAGAAGAGGAAGAAGUAGAAGUUGACGAGGAAGAAUUAUCAAGAUGGAAGAAAAUAUCCAUUUUGUUCAAGCUGGAGUAUUGGGAGGAUCUCCCGGUGAGGCAUAAUUUGGAUGUAAUGCAUGUAGAGAGAAAUGUGGCUGCAAGCAUUGUCUCUACAUUGUUGCAUUGUGGAAAAUCAAAGGAUGGUCUUAAUGCUCGUAAAGAUUUGCAAGAACUUGGGAUAAGAAAGGAUUUACAUCCUAGUACACAAGGAAAGAGAACUUACCUUCCAGCAGCUCCUUGGUCUUUAUCAAAGAAAGAGAAAUUUUUUUUCUGCAAGCGGCUUUUUGAUUUUAAAGGUCCAGAUGGAUAUUGCUCUAAUAUAUCAAGGGGUGUAUCAUUAGAGGAGUGUAAGAUAACAGGUCUCAAAUCACAUGAUUAUCAUGUAUUGAUGCAACAGCUACUCCCAGUUGCACUUAGAGGAUUGUUACCAAAAGGACCUAGGACAGCAAUCUUUCGCUUAUGCGCAUUCUUCAACAUGUUGUGUCAGCGAGUUAUUGACAGGGAGCAGAUUUCAGUAAUGGAAGCUGAAAUAGUUGAAACUCUCUGUAUGUUUGAAAGAUUUUUCCCACCCAGCUUCUUUGAUAUCAUGGUACACUUGACAGUUCAUCUAGGAAGGGAAGCUCGUCUUGGAGGACCAGUCCAUUUUAGAUGGAUGUACCCAUUUGAAAGGUACAUGAAAGUUCUGAAAGACUUUGUUAGAAAUCCUGCAAGACCGGAAGGUUGUAUCGCAGAGUCUUACCUUGCAGAAGAAUGUGUGCAGUUUUGUAGUGAUUUUCUGAAAAAGACAACUAGUGUAGAAGAAAAACUGGAUAGAAAUACAGAGUAUGAGAAUAUCUCUAUUCUAGAAGGUCGGCCUAUAUCUGCAGGCACUUCAUUUACUCUCACUGAAAUGGAGAAAAAUAUAGCACAUCUUGCUGUCAUUCAGAAUAUUGCUGCCUUGGAUCCUUAUGUGGACAUGCACCUACAAUAUCUACAAGACUCAUAUCCAAGAUGUAGACGUGAAGCAUCACUGUUGUGGACUAUGCAUGCUCAGAAAUUUGCUACUUGGUUAAAAGAGCAGGCAAGUAAUAAUAUAUCUGAAUGGUCUUAUACAGGGUAUAUAGUUAAUGGUCAACGGUUUCACACAAGCUCACUUCAAAGGAAAAGUCAGAAUAGUGGGGUUUAUUAUGAGGCUACUGCUAUGUGUAGAUCUAGUGCUAAAGAUACUUCACAAGUGUUUGAUUUGGUAUCAUACUAUGGGAGAGUCACUGAUAUCAUACUACUUGAUUACAAUGUGUUUUAUGUACCUCUAUUCCGAUGUCAAUGGGCAGUAAGAGGUAAUGGAGUUAAGGUCGAAGAUGGUUUCACGCUUGUUAACUUGAAUCAAAGUCAAGUCAGCUUCUUGAGGGAUCCAUACAUAUUAGCCUCUCAGGCAAAACAAGUGUUUUAUUCAAGAGAAGAUGAUUCAUCAAGUUGGUAUGUUGUCAUGAAAGGUUCUUCAAGAAGAUACAGUAAGGAAGAUGUUGAAGACGGAAAUGCAGAUAUUGGACCAUUGCCAUCAGAUGUUGACAUGGAUCUUGAGAUGGAUGAAGCUGAAAAUGCUAGAACUGAUUGUGAAGGCAUAUAUACUGAGGCAGCUGAAGUACAAGUAGAACAAGAGACUGAAGCUGCUGAAGUACAAGAAGAAGAGCAUAGAUCAGAAGAACACCAGACUGAAGCAGCUGAAGUGACUGCUAACAAUGAGGAAGAACCUGAAGGUGAGUUUGAGUUGACAGAUGAGAAUGAGCGUCCAGCUAAGCGCAAGAGACAUAGAGGACCAACAAAGAUGAAAAACAUCGCAAAGGAUCCAACUGUUCGAGAAAGAGUUGACUACACUAUCAUGGGAGAUCCUUAUGGUCCGGGAUCAGUGAAGUUGUCAUCUUAUGUAGGUCCAUUGGUACGGGAACAUGUACCAAUCACAAUUGAUACUUGGAAGAAUGUUAGCGAAGAAAUCAAAACUGUUCUCUGGAAAUCUAUUCAGGCAAAAUUUGAGCUGGAUGAAGAGUUUCAAAAGGUUGCUGUGCUAAAGCAAAUGGGAAAUUUGUGGAGAUCAUACAAAUCCCGCAUAGUGAGGGACAUUAAUGGGGCUACUAAUAACCAACAGAGGAUGAAUCUGAGACCAAAUAAUAUUAAUCCAGCUGAUUGGCGGAAAUUUGUGAAAAUCAAAACAAGUGCAAGCUUUAAGGUUGUGAGUGAUAAAUAUAAAGAAAGGAGAAGGAAACAGAUUCCUCACACUACUAGUCGUAAAGGAAUGGUCAGACUAGCAGAGGAUAUGAAAAUUGAAAGUGGAGAUCCAUCAGAAGUGACUAGGCUGAAGGUGUGGGUCAAGUCGCGUACCAAAAAAGAUGGUACGCCAGUGAAUACGAAUGCAGCUGAGAAGAUUGCAGCUGAGCUGGUUGGUAGUGAUGCUCCAACAUUGACAACAAAUCCAGAAGAAGAUCACCUCUCCCAACUUCUAGGACCUGACAAUCCUGGUCGGCUCAGGGCAAUGGGUAGAGGCAUGAGUAAGACAAAAUUAGCUUGUUUCCAAAUAAAGACCAAAUGUAUGACUGACAUGCAAGAGAAGCAAGUUCAAUUGGUUAAGAAGGUCAAUGAAUUACAAGAGGAAUUACUGAAAAUCAAGAAUCAGAGACAAGAAGCUGAAAUAGGUGAAAACUCAGCUGCUAGAAGUGUGAACAAAAGAGCACUCCCAAAGUGUGUGUUGUAUGAUUGGUCUGAUUCUGAUGAAAACAUUGCUGAGGGGCGAAUUCUUUCUUCUGAUCCUGAUGACUUGGUGAAUAACUGUCGCCUAGGCCCUACAGAUCUUAAAGUGUUGGUAGAAACUGCUACCAAACCAGAUGCAUUCCUUUGGAGACCAGCAAGUAACAUGUUCACUGUUGAGGAAGCUGUUGGACAAAUAAUUGCUUGGCCUGCCUCUAAGUGUGUUCUAGUUGACAAGGACAUCCAAAUAGAAGAUAUUGCGCCUCUGGGUCUUAGGACAAAUUCUCUGAACAAAUGCAAACUACUAGAUUUGUCUAGCGAUGAAGUGAUUGUUGCUGAAGGUCGUUGGCAGACACAAGAACGAAGCGCAUUGGUUAAUGGACUCCCUCUCGGACCAAAGGCAGUUAAAGUAUUUGUGGAUCAAGUCCAUCAGCCUGAAACGUUUAUAUGGAGGCCUACCAUGGAAAUGACAUACCUUGAGGACUGUGUUAUGGCUUUUGUAUCUUGGCCUGUCAGUAAAGUUGUUUUUGAAAAUUCAACAACAGGUCACAAAUCUCCUCUUCAGAAUUCUGCAGCAACUGUAUCAGGUGCAAAAUCUGCAACAUUAGGCCCUAAAUCUGCAGCAGGUACAGGUUCUGAAUCUCCUAUUGAGGAUGCAACAGGUACAAGCUCUCCAAUGAAGAAAACUCUUCCAGAUUCACAGUCUCCUCUUCGAAAAUCUCAGCGUAUUAGUAAUCAAGUUGUUUCAAAGGAGAAUAAGAAGUGCAAGCUGAUGGAUAUUACCGGAAAGAAGCGGGUUGUUGCUGAAGGACGAUGGGUUUCAAAUGACCCAGAUAUGAAGGUCCAUUUUGUUCCCUUGGGUUCUAAUGGAGUUAAGGUGUGGGUAGAUAUCGUGAAGGUAAGUGAUGCAGCAGUUUGGAGGCCAUCUGAUGAAAUUGUGAGUUUGGAAGACGCAUUUGGCACAACUCUUGCAUGGCCAGAGGACAAGGUGAUCAUGUGUUAAACUUCUGCUUGGACAUGAGACUUGGUUUAAUUUAGUAUUCUGUGUUUAGUAUUCAAUGCUGCUUUUGGUACAACUUCUCCUUGGACAUGAGACUUUUUUUUUGUAUUCUGUGUAAUAUAUGGAUGUUGGAUUGUUAUCAAUGGGGAUUGUCAGUACUUUUAUAAAACACGGUUGUGUCA